AUGAAACUCACCUCACAGGCCCAAGGAGCGGAUCCCGUCCUCACUCGUGCUGUUGCAGAGGACAAGGCUCGAUGGUGGCAAAAACCCAACUUGCGAUAUCUGUACCUGUUUCUCUUUCCGACAUGUAUGGGCAUCGAAAUCACCAGUGGCUUCGACAGCCAAAUCAUCAAUGCAGUUCAGAUAGUGAAGCCAUGGCAGGAAUAUUUCAACCACCCCAAAGGAGCUCUCCAGGGCAUUAUCGCUGCGAUGUAUAGCCUUGGGGCCAUCUGCUCGCUGCCCUUGAUUCCCGCGAUCACUCAAAGGUUCGGACGACGAUGGUCGAUUUUCCUGGGCAGUUGGGUUAUGGUAGCUGGGUCAAUCCUGCAAUGCGCAUCGGUGCAUGUGGGAAUGUAUCUCGCCGCACGUUGGCUUCUUGGCUUUGGCAUUCCUAUUUGUAUCAUCAAUGGAGCAGCUAUGCUCGGCGAGCUCGGCUACCCAAAAGAGCGACCGAUCUUGACAUCAUUAUUCAACUCCUCCUACUUUAUUGGCGCCAUCCUCGCUGCCGGUAUCACAUUCGGUACGCAAUCUCUUGCGCCAUCUGACUGGUCGUGGCGAUGCCCUUCCCUCCUUCAAGCAAUGCCAUCAUUGCCUAGCUUUGUCCCGGAGUCACCGCGUUGGCUCAUCAGCCAGGAUCGUCGAGAUGAAGCGUACGAAAUCUUGGUGAGAUACCAUGCUGAAGGCGAUCGCAGCUCGAGUCUCGUAGCCGCAGAAAUGGCACAAAUUGAAAACACGAUCAAGAUGGAACUUGACAGCUCCAAACAAACGUGGAUGGAUCUGCUUCGAACUGCUGGAAUGCGAAAACGUUUGCUCAUCGGAUCUCUUCUGGGCCUCUUUACCCAAUGGUCGGGCAACACGCUCAUCAGCUACUAUCUGAACGACAUUCUCGAAUCUAUUGGCAUCACAGACUCGAGCUUCAAGGCAAAGUUGAAUAUUGGACUCAAUUGCUGGGCUCUGGUGAAUGCUUCUUGUGCGGCUCUGGUCGUGCGCAGAUUCCCUCGCCGCAAGAUGUACUUGACCUGCGCGUCUUCUUUGCUGGUUGUCUAUUGUGGUUGGACUAUCGCUCAAGAACGUUACUUGUCGACAGGUGUGCUCGCCGCUGGCCACGCCGUCAUCUUCUUCAUGUUCCUGUACUCGCCAUGCUACAACAUCGGCUACAACGCCUUGACAUAUACAUUCCUGGUCGAACUUUUCCCAUUCGCAGUCCGUACCCGAGGUAUGGCUGUGUUCCAGUUCUUCGGGCGUGGCGCUGGCUUCUUCAGCACAUUUGUCAAUCCAAUCGGUCUUCAAAACGCCAAGUGGAAGUACCUGAUCAUGUACUGCGUUUGGCUUGGGUUCGAGAUCAUAUGCAUCUACUUCCUCUGGCCAGAGACUUACGGACGCACGUUGGAGGAGUUGGCAUUCUACGAUGCCUUGAAGGAGCAUCAGGAGAAGGUCACAAAACAGGAACUUGACAAAACUGACGCUACCACGACAACGAUCGAAAUUGUUGAGGACAAGGCUUGA